GUGAUUGUAGUUGUAUUUUUAUCUUUACCGGAAGAGGACGCUGUCAAUGCAAAGUGCGAAUGGUCUUUACAAGUCAUGGUACAUUUUACGAUGUUUUUAUUUUUUUAUUUUUUUAAAAUUUUACUCAAAAUCAAAAAAAUGAUUAAAAAUUUGCGAAAUAAGUUGAAUAAAAGCAAAGCAAUUAAUAGUUUAAUAAUUUAAAAACAAGACAAUUCUGAAUAAUUCGGACAAUGUAGACUUUUUUUUUUGAGAAAAAUGAAGCAGCAGUUCGUGCUCCGGAGUCCGGAAUACCGCAAUCCGUUUUGAAUUUUGAUCCGAAAAUAUUAAACUUUCAAAGCGAGAAAGCGAUGUUACAUAUGGUAUGGUAAUGGUUGUAAAGUAAAUAUGCUGGACAAGAAGACUGAACUCGAAGGGUAUGUAUAUUGUAUUUUAUUUUAAUUUGAAGAACAGCUAUCAUGGCAAAUUGACCUGAGACUCGCAAUGCCGCAAUGCUAGUUUCAAAAUAGAGUUCAAGUCUCAUGUACCAUUGAUUCUACGGUUGUUUCCUCAAAAUUAGGGAUAUGUGCGUAUACCUACUCCUCGAUAUCUUCUUUUGUUUUUAGGUAGGUAAUGUAAUUUGUUUUAAAUAUUUCGAACCAUAACAUAAGAUAUGUAUGGAGAAAAUAGGUACCUAAUAUAAAUAUAGUAACAAUGCAUAUAAUGAAAAAAACAACUAAUUCGGAAAUCAGAAUUUACAUGAGAUCAAGUAUGCCUAAUGCAGUUCAUUGAAUGGAGAUUAUUAAUAUUUGAAACUCAAAUUGGUAAUCCUUUUCAUAAACUCCAUUAUCUGUUUAUCUCUUUCUCUCUCUAGGUCUAGAGUCUCAGUUUGAUUUCAGCUUUAAAGGUAGGUAGGUACCUAACUACCUAUGUAAGUAUAUAUAUAUGUACUCUUUUUCAGCUUUUUAUCAAGUCCUUUAACACGUUUUCACAUUUCUGUGUUCCUCUAUACACAUCUUAUAAUGAAUUGCACUUGACUAGUCCCUCAUUAUUUCAACUUUUCAAGUGAACUGAAAUAGCUAUCGAAACGCGUAACAGACCUCACUUCAUGUUGCAUGUUUAAAAAAAAAACUGCACCGGAAGCGGAAUUUUUAAAUUAUUAUAUAGGGAGGUAACUACAUAAAUGUCAUUUAUAUUCAAAUCGUAACAUGUGAUACCAAGUGCUGAAUUCAAUGCAUUUCUAUUAGGUACCUACAUUCACUGCAUUUUAUUGGCUCGGGCUAAAAUUCUUUAUUUUUGUUUCCAUAACUACCUAGCUUUUCGUUAUAAAUAAAUCGAUUCGAGAACAAACAAAAGUUCAAUUUAGAGAAAUAUUAAUCGACUUUGACCGGUCUUUCGAAAUCUCUGAUGACAAACUUUUUCGUAUCGUUUUUCAUGAAAUGAUCACACGAAAGGAAAACUUGCUGGUUCGACCGUUUCAGCAUAGAAACUAUGUUCAGCACCGGCAGAAGGUUAUUACAGCUUUACCUCGAAUCGAUGAUGUGACACCGCCGAAAAGAAGUCAUGUUUACGUGAAAUGUAAAAAAAUUCAAACCGAAGCAGAGAGACAUGCUCAAAUAGAACGAGAUAAUUUCAUUUUAUUGAAACACUUGAAUGAUAUAAUGCAUAUAAAACGAGUGGACAACUGUUGGCUCUAUGAACAUCCCAAGUUUUUGCAAAGAAUAAAAUUAUUCCAUCAGCCGUCAACGAUGCCAUUCGAUGAUGAAAUUGAUCAAAUGGAAUUUCCAAAAACCGGCACUAAAAAAGAACGGUGCAUCGCUUGUCAUCCGGAAAAUUACGUCAAGAGGGAAAAAAUACCCGAGGAGCGAGUUCCUUGGGAAAUGAGACCAGUAAGGGAGUUUUAUUCUGCUGAUUCAUUUCAAAGGCACAGAGAAGGAAUAAAUUUAAUUUAUACUCGUCGGCAAAAAGUGCUGAUUAAAGAAAAAAGUCAGCCAAUCAUAAAUCAUCGCCGUUCGGAAACCCACGAGCAGUCUCCUAUCAAAGGUCGUCGACUUCCUCAUAAGUCAUUGCAGAAUAAGAACAGAAGUUCAACAGCACCUCCAUUACGAAGUCAAUUUACCAAACAUAAUUUGAAAUCGUCAUUGUGCAAAGAAAAAUCUCAAGAUGAAGCACUGACAGUCAUAAUUAAAUUCCCGCCAAAAUCGCAAGUGAAUUUAAAUGCCGGUAUCAGUGAUCAAAUAACCUGACUUAUCUUUUAAAAAUUU